GUCUGCAUUAGUUUGAGCUCCCUAAUAAACUGACAACUGAGUGUUUAUUGUUAUAAUUUUCAAAUCCAGAAAAUCUGGAAACACUUGUGCAGUUAAAACUUUGGGUUAAAGCUGAAAUUGUCCAUAAGAGCUACAAAAUUAGCAAAUGUGGCAGGAAUGCCACAUUCCCAUAGCCUUGUAUUUCAACUGCUAGAAGUUGUGCUUCAAAACGGAGAAAUUCAAGGCUUUGAGACGGUGAUUUUGGCAAAUCAGUAACACUAAACAAUGAGGACGUUACAAAGUAACCACUCUGGUUACGAUACAGUGGUCAACAAGCUCUUGAGUUUGCAGAUUACCAAACAGGAUGGCUGUCACAGAGGAAACAAAAGUGUGGAUACAGACUGUGUUCACGUAAGUUUGAUUCUGUUUUCUUCUAGAGCCUGUUGACCAAAUAGCUGUUGAGCACACCGCAGAUGACAUUUAGCACAGACAAACAUGGCGGACGCUGCCGACUGGUGAGAGGCAAAGUGUACUACUUCAACCACAUCACUAAUGCCAGCCAGUGGGAACGUCCAGUGGGAGACGGACGUGGCGAGCCAGAUAAGGUACGCUGCUCUCAUCUCUUGGUGAAGCAUAAUCAGUCGCGUCGUCCAUCUUCCUGGAGGGAACAAAACAUUACACGAUCUAAAGAUGAGGCCUUGGAUUUGAUUCAGAAGUACAUAGAACAGAUCAAGUCUGGACAGGAGAAGUUUGAGUCCCUGGCAUCUCAGUUUAGCGACUGCAGCUCCGCUAAGAAUGGUGGAGAUCUGGGACUGUUUGGUAGAGGUCAGAUGCAGAAGCCUUUUGAAGACGCCUCCUUUGCUCUCAAAGUGGGAGACAUGAGCGGCCCUGUUUUUACUGACUCUGGAGUCCACAUCAUCUUACGCACUGGUUGACAAGAAGACUCCACACGUUGUACUUUCCUCUUCCAUCAUCAAGCACACAUACAAAGUCUAACCCAGUCAAUCCUGCAGAUUAUUUUAAUGGCACAUAGCACCCCAGUAAACAAAGCUUAAAGCCUGCAUCGCAUCAUUUGAGGCAGGAUCCGUUUGUUCCAAGCACCAUUAAACGAUUAUUCUUUAAGAUCUUUUAUUAACGAUGACAGUGCCUGUUGAAGUGACCGCCCUAUGGAAACUUUCAUAUAAGUGAGGAUUAUUUAAAGUCUACUUGGUAUGUGCAUGACUUCUAAAGGACCACUUACUGUAUGUUUCCCCAUAAGAUUUCCCAUUUCCACUGUAUGUGUGCCAAAGCAGUUCCUUAACUGUUUUGGAAAAUAGGUUCAAAUACUUUCUAAUAUUAGCAGCAUCCCUGCAGAUGGAGAAAGCACUGUUGUUCUGAGUUUACUAGAGUUAAUCUUUGUGUUUUCCAUUAUUCAAAAAAUGGAAUUAUUUCUUUACACAAUCCACUCUGAAAACGCAUGAUUUCUGGCCUUUGGAUAUGCCUUGAUGGCACCGCUGAAAGCUUGCAGGUUUUAACAAUAAUCUCCACAGCUUUUAAAACCAUCAAUGUUCAGAUGAACUGUUAACACUGUUGUGUCAUUGAGGCAAAAAUAAAAUCUCCUUUUGUAA